AUGUUUUGUGUAUCAUUAGCUCUCUUUGGAACUGCUUUUUUGGGUUUUCUUGGAUACUUGAUUCAAAUUUAAAUGCCAUUUCUUAAGUUCAAAAUGAUUGAUCGAGAAACUACCCAAAAUGCUUUAUAUACAUCAAGCAUUGUAAAAUUAACUGCUUAAUUUAGAUCUAUUUUGUACUAUUUCUUAUUAUUCUAUUGUACGAUUGCUGCAAAACAAAACAAUAUCCACAAUAUAAAGUUUAUCAAUAAUGGAAAUACGAGAUACAUGAAUGAUUAUUAAAAAUAAUUAUUUAUUAUGAGUGAUUAAUAACAACUUAAAUAAGAAGUGCUAAGCAAUGAAGUCUAUAAAACAUGCUUCAAAAUUCUUCCAGUCAAUGCAUCUUAGGAAGAGUUUAAGAAAUGUAUGGGAAAUUAUAUUCAAUCUUACGAAAUCAUUUAAUAAGCCUUUGAAUAGUUUUUUAAGAAACCCAAGUUUCCCUAAUAAUAAUAAUGA